AGGAAAUCCAACAUGGCGUCUUCAAUAACAAACAUACCGCUGCUGCUUUGUUUAUCUUCGUUUUCCAUGCAAAUCAUCUCCUCAAGACUAAUAUCUGAACCGUGUUACAAACCCAUCAGAGAUGAGACUCCAGACUCUGUAAAGACAAAGGCCCGGCCACAUGAGUAUGUGAAAGUGUCUGACCUUCCUCCGUCCUGGGACUGGAGGAACAUCGAGGGGAAGAACUAUGUGAGCACCACCCGAAACCAGCACAUCCCCCAGUACUGCGGCUCCUGCUGGGCCAUGGGGGCCACCAGCGCACUGGCCGACCGCAUCAACAUCAAGCGAGGAGGGGUGUGGCCGUCGGCCUACCUGUCGGUGCAGAACGUGAUCGACUGCGGUCAGGCGGGCUCCUGUCACGGAGGAGAUCACCUGAGAGUCUACGCCUACGCACACAGGAAUGGCAUCCCUGAUGAAACCUGCAACAACUACCAAGCCAAAGACCAAAGUAUCAAAAUAAAUAAUUUCUAUCUUUUAAUGGAUUCACCCUGCAUACUGUUUCCACUAUUUGGCCAAAAGUAUGUCGACAAACUGGUGCAGGGCUAUCCUUUUUUAUUUGUUUGUGCUUGACCUCUUAGUUUCAACGAGGGAAAUCUUAAUUUGAAAGCUUUAUAAUUAUUGGUGUAAUGGUUUGGAGCCAUUUUUUGUGUUUAGUCUAAAAAGUGUAGAGAAGUGUUAUCAUAUUGUAAACUGAUAUCAUUAGGUUGAUUGUAGUGUUUUAAAAUGUAUUUUUAUUUAUCAUUUUUAGGAACAGAUGAUGGCAGGUUUGUCAUUUUGUAAAACAAAUAUAUUAUUUGGUCAAUUUAAACAAUAUCAUAGUUCUCCAGUUGUUCCUUAAAGCCCCUGUCACACUGUCCCGAAAUUGACACCCGAUGGACACACGAAUAUGGAAUUGUGAAUU